AUGAAGAAGAAGCUUCUACCUCUGCUUCUGCUUCUUUGCCUUGUUUCUUUUCAUGAAACCGUUGUUGUUUUUGCGGUGCAAGGCCCUGUUUCGUCACCCAUUUCUAGUCCUUUCUUUCCAGGUACUGAAACUGCACCCAUUGCUCACUUUUUCUCUCCAAGUUCUGCUGACAAAAAAGUGGUUACUGAAAUGGCAGGGAGUGAGGAGCACAAAAGAAUGAGUUUGUCAAAGAAAAUGUUAAUAGCUCUCGGUGUUGCUUGCUCUUCAUUGGGUGUAACUAUCGUUUCGUUGUUUUGUUUAUGGAUUUGUUACAGAAAGAGUUCACUUAAACCCGUCAAAAAUAAUGCCAACAGCUCAGAUGCUGAAAAAGGGAUUGCUUUGGCACCAUUUUUGGGUAAAUUCAAGUCUACGAGGAUGGUUCCCAAGGAGGGUUUUGCUUCAUUUAUGGAUUACAAGAAACUUGCAGAAGCUACCAACAAGUUCCAUCAAAAUAAUAUUCUGGGAAUUGGUGGAUUUGGAUGUGUUUACAAAGCUCAAUUCGUUGAUGGUUCUUAUGCUGCUGUCAAAAAGUUGGAAUGUUCAAGCCAUGAUGCAGAACAAGAGUUCCAGAAUGAGGUGGAUUUGCUUUCUAACUUCAAGCAUCCAAACAUAAUUUCAUUGUUGGGUUUCAGCAGUUACAAUGAGACAAGUUUUAUUGUCUAUGAACUGAUGCAAAAUGGUUCUUUAGAAACUCAAUUACAUGGACCUUCCCAUGGAUCAUCGUUAACUUGGCAUAGGAGGAUGAAAGUUGCCAUGGAUAUAGCAAGGAUAGAAUAUCUACAUGAGCUAUGUAAUCCAGCAGUCAUCCAUAGAGAUCUGAAAUCAUCUAACAUCCUCUUGGAUUCAGAUUUCAACGCCAAGCUCUCAGAUUUUGGUCUAGCAGUAACUGAUGCAGACCAAAACAAGAAUAAUUUAAAGCUUUCUGGCACUUUAGGUUAUCUAGCUCCGGAAUAUCUUUUAGAUGGGAAAUUAACAGAUAAGAGUGAUGUCUAUGCAUUCGGUAUUGUGUUGCUGGAGCUAUUAUUGGGAAGAAAGCCUGUAGAAAAACUGGCACCAGCUCAAUACAUAUCUAUUGUCACAUGGGCCAUACCUAAGCUUAUUGAUAGAUCUCAACUCCCAAACAUUGUGGAUCCUGUGAUUAAAAAUACCAUGGAUUUGAAGCAUUUAUGUCAGGUUGCAGCUGUAGCUGUGCUAUGUGUGCAACCAGAACCGAGCUAUCGCCCGUUGAUAACCGAUGUUCUCCACUCACUUAUUCCUCUUGUUCCUACGGAGCUUGGAGGGACCUUAAGAGUUGAACAAUCUGUAGACCCUUGACCCGAAAAGCCAAAACCUACCUAGUUCAGUCUUGACAUGUCUCAAAAUCAGUAUCAGGCUUGGUUUCAGGUUUUUUAUAGGUAAAAUCAUAGUUCUGUAUCAGUUCGAUUGCUUAAUUAGA